CAGAAUAAUACUGUGUGUUCUCUGCUCUGAGAGACACUCUAACCAGACAGACUGACACAAUGGGCUGUGAGAGACAGCUGUUCCUGACUGCUGCUCUGCUGGCUGUCUUUUUAUGCAGUGAUGCUAUCACCGGUGGACGAGAGGCGGAGGCCCACUCCCGUCCGUACAUGGCCUCACUGCAGGUCGCCGACGGUGGCAGGAUGAAACAUGAGUGCGGAGGGUUUCUGGUGGCCGAUCAGUGGGUGAUGAGCGCCGCACACUGCUUUCUCUCUGGGUCAGAAGGGAGGAAGGUGGUCCUAGGAGCUCACUCUCUGAGCGAACCGGAGGAUUCUAAACAAACUUUUGACAUUGUUCAAGUGUUCAGUCACCCUGAUUUCAGCGUCUCAAACUAUGAUAAUGACAUUGCUUUGGUCAAGCUGGACCGGCCAAUCAUUGCCAGUGAUGCAGUAAAGUCCCUGAAGUUCCAGAGUGACGAUGGGGCUGACCCCACCACGGAACAGGAGGUCAACACGGCGGGGUGGGGGUCACUGAACAACCUGGGGUCACGUCCUGACAAGCUACAGGAACUGGUCAUCGCUGUGAUGAACCGUGUUCGAUGCGGCCGCAGUGACUACUAUGGCAGGAAGUUCACCAAAAACAUGCUGUGUGCGGCCAGCAAACAGAGUGACACCUGUGAUGGUGAUUCUGGAGGUCCUCUCCUGUAUAAUGGUGUAGCAGUUGGGAUCACUUCAAAUGGAGGGAAGAAGUGUGGAUCCAGCAAGAAGCCUGGUUUAUACACCACCAUCUCCCACUACAGCCAGUGGAUAGACAAGACCAUGACUCAAUAGAAGCCUGG